AUGUCCUCAUUUCCAGAAGAUCAACCGUUAUCGUCACAGUUCCUACCACCACCAUCAGCACAAGCACGCGGCUCGUUAUUUGGUGGACCCAGCAGUGAUGCCGAUCCGCCAUCCUCGAGGUCGCUCCGGCCUAGAAGAUCCAUCUUCGGCGGCCUCAGCUCCCAAGAUGUUAGAUCGGAGCCAGAUCUUCCGUCCGACCCCAUGGUCGAGACAAUUUCUGAUGAAGAUGAAGAUGAAGAUGAACUUGACAUGAUUCUCCAAGAGAGACCCUUGGAGUAUUAUGACUCUGAUGGAGAAAGCUCUUAUGCAGAAAGCAGUGACGAUGAAGCUAGAAACGUCACUCUUGCUGGUUCUUCCUUGGUACCCAAAAAGCUAUUACCUGAAAAGGUCGUGCGGAAGCCAAAGGAAAUAAGGCAAGAGCCAACAUAUGUUGUUUAUCGCGGCAUCGAUUUGCCGCCAGGACAAAAGCGCCCAAAUCGAUGGGCGGGGAUACCUAUCAACUAUGACCGAGCUAUUGCUGGGGAGAGGGGGGUGUAUCAAUCCGUCAUGGAUUCUCGCGCACAAGACCUCGCUGCUCAUCUCUAUAAUGUAUAUGUGGUUCGCCAGCAGCCCAGGCAACAGGACGAAUCUGGCGAGCCCGAAGAGUCGGAUGAGGAGAAAGCUCUUCGUAAACGAUGGGUAGCGUGGCCUAUACCAGCCGGUCGUGUUCCGCGUGCCGGUGAAUCCGCCCACCGCAAGUUGGAUGGCCCUGAUACAUUUCGGAUGCCGCCCGAUGAUCGAUUCAGUGGAGAACUGGAAGAGUGUAUCAUCGCAACGAUGAUGAAGACUGGCAAGGAAAGAUUUAUGGCUCGCAAGUGGGUUGGCGAGGAAGAUGCAGCCUCCCUAGAGGAGAUUGCCCCGGAUCCAGAUGCGAUGGAAAUUGAUGUCGAAGGAACCACUGCCAACAAAGAAACAAAUCCCCAAGACGAUAGAAAGACCAGCGGCGAAUCGCACGUCAACAGCGGAACAGAUGCCAACGACGGAGCGAACGUCAGCGGCGAAACGAAUGUCGACGACGAAAUGAAUGACAACUACGAAACAGUUGACAAUGAAAAACGAAGUACAAAUGAUGGAGAAUCGAAAGAGCAGUCUAGCCAGGCUGAUAAGCUCAGACCGAUCGUUCAGACAGACGACGACCUCUCUCGCCGGCUAUUACGCCCUCUUUCCCGUACUGCUAUUUCACAGUUGGAUCAGUUGUUGAUGGGAUUGCACCAUUCCCUCAGGCACCGCACAAAGGAAGUUGACGACAGCGAUGAUUCAGCUACCGAUACGGAUGACGAUGUAUCGCGAUCUAGAUCAAAGGGCCGGAAACAUAGCCAGUCGCGUGGUCGCAAACGAAGUCGUGGCCAAACACAAUCCGGCCAAUCAUCGCGCAACGUAUCGAAUCUACGAUCAUCCCCACAUACUGAGAAUGAACAACAUGACCUCGAUGACUACCCAGACGCGGCAGAUCGUUCAGCGCAACGCAAAGCAAGACUGCUGGGCAGAUUGCCUCUACGAGACUGGGGUGAAGUCAUGGGUCUCGCGUCAAUGGUGGGACUGCCAUCGAACGUGGUUCAAAGGGCUGCAAAGCGAUGUGCGGAUCUAUUCGAACAAGAUAUGACAUUCCGAACCUUCCACGAAGGUCGGGUAAUGAAAGUGCGCGUUGGCUCGAAGCGGGACUAUGACUAUGUUGAAAGCGACCCCGAAGACCUGAAAUCACAAGAAUACUAUAAGCACACCAGCCAAAGUAGGAAUAGCUCCAAAGGCCCUGCAAGAUCAACAUCACGGCAGCCCCAUCCGACUCCAUCCAUUUCACAUGCGCCUCCGGCGCCGCCGACAAUAUCAGUCUCGAAUGCUAGCUCUGCGAACCAAAGAGUGACACAAAAACAAAAUCUGGCUAAACACCCCGGGUUCAAAAACAACUCAACAACCUCUACGAGUCAAGGCUUCACUUGUCCUGUCAGUUCCUGCAGUCGCAGUCACAGGGGGUUUUCAAGGACAUGGAAUUUGAAUCAGCACAUCAAGAAUAGGCACCCAGAAUACCUCCAACCUGAUGCUCUAGAGAAUGGCGAGUCUCAAGCACCAAUUCAGAAUCAGCCCUCGAACGAGGUAAUUGAUCUUAGUUAA